AUGGAGGCAGCGGCGGCCCUGAACGAGAGCGGAGCGGCCGCCCCCCGGCUGCCGGCCGGCGGCGGCGGCAACGCCUCGCUGGAGCUGGCGUCGCGGCCCCCCGCGCCCGCCGCCCUCAACCCCUGGGACGUGAUGCUCUGCGUCUCCGGCACCGCCAUCGCCUGCGAGAACGCCCUGGUGGUGGCCAUCAUCUGCUACUCGCCCGCCCUGCGCACCCCCAUGUUCGUGCUGGUGGGCAGCCUGGCCACGGCUGACCUCCUGGCCGGCCUCGGCCUCAUCCUCAACUUCGUUUUCCAGUACGUGAUCCGCUCCGAGACGGUCAGCCUGCUGACGGUGGGCUUCCUCGUCGCCUCCUUCGCCGCCUCCGUGAGUAGCUUGCUGGCCAUCACGGUCGAUCGCUACCUCUCCCUCUACAACGCCCUCACCUACUACUCAGAGAGGACGGUGCUCUGCAUCCACACCAUGCUGGCGGGCGCCUGGGGGGUCUCCCUCUGCCUGGGGCUGCUGCCCAUCCUGGGCUGGAACUGCCUCCAUGACCGCGCCGCCUGCAGCGUCGUCAGACCCUUGACCAAGAGCAACGUGACGCUGCUGUCCACCUCUUUCUUUCUCAUUUUCCUCAUCAUGCUCCACCUCUACAUCGAGAUCUGCAAGAUCGUUUGCAGGCAUGCCCACCAGAUAGCUCUCCAGCAGCACUUUCUGACUGCUUCGCACUAUGUCGCCACCAAAAAAGGAGUCUCUACCCUCGCUAUAAUCCUCGGGACUUUCGGAGCCAGCUGGCUGCCUUUUGCCAUCUACUGUGUAGUGGGGGAUCCCGACUACCCUUCCGUGUACACGUACGCCACGCUUCUACCCGCUACCUACAACUCCAUGAUCAACCCCAUCAUUUACGCCUACAGAAACCAAGAAAUCCAGAGGUCCAUGUGGGUGCUCUUCUGCGGCUGCUUUCAGGCUAAAGUGUCCUUUCGCUCCCGGUCCCCCAGCGAUGUCUGA